GUGUGUGUGUGUGUGUGUGUGUGUGUGUGUGUGUGUGUGUGCGCCCCCUGCAGAGGUGGCACACUUCAGCCCUGGCCGCAUGUCGGAGAAGGUCCUGUUCCACCUGCUCCGUCACCCCAGUGUCAACCAGGAAGUCCACUUUGACCCAAACAACCGGCUGAGCCCGGCUCACUAUCUCUACACCCGCAACCACCCGGUGGACUAUUUCAUCCUGCUGCUGCAGGGUCGAGUGGAGGUGGAGAUCGGUAAAGAGGGGCUGAAGUUUGAGAACGGAGCGUUCACGUACUACGGAGUCUCUGCACUAACGCUGCCCUCUUCAGUGCACCAGUCUCCAGUGUCGACCCAGUGUCAGUCUCCCAGGGAUCCCUUUGAGUCAGCGGAUGCCACGAGCCCGUCCAGCUAUUGUCCCGACUACACCGUCCGAGCGCUCACCGACCUGCAGCUCAUACGGGUGACUCGUCUCCAGUAUCUGAACGCUGUUAUGGCGUCGCGGGUCGGUCAGAGUCCAGAUCCUCCUGAGAUUAAGAUCCUGCCCAACAGUCAGACCAAGCUACUCAACGACAGAAACUCUCAACAAGGUAGGGUCCUUAAAACACUAACAUAUACCAUGUCCACCAAAUCGUUUCUCCCUGAGGACAGCGUUUAAAAAAACUUAAAACGA